CUGGCAACGCCGGCGAAAAAGCGCGCGCUCAGCGAAAUCAGCUGCACUUGUGUUAAUUUUGUAGUCGCCUAAAAUAUUGUUCCAAAUGUUUGUUUUUUAAUGUUUGUAACCAUUUAAGACGGCCAUCGACAUGGACGAUUCGGUGUUCAAGCUGAAAUACCAGAAGUACAAGCUACGCGUCAAAUUGUGGGAAAAGGAUUUCAAGAAGAAGAAUGGCCGAGUUCCAUCGAAGUAUGAUAUUCGGGAGGCCAGCCAGGAGAUUCGCGACUCCUACAAAAUGUACUACAAGCUGAAAACAUCCUUUCUGGAGGAGACCCUGAACGAUGUGCUCAGCGAAGAUGGAUUCGAUGUCCUGGAGAUGUCGCAGGCCAGCGAUCUGGGUGUGAGCAUGCUGGAUCAGGACCUCAGUCUGAACGGAGGUCCCCAACUGCCCCUGGAUAUAUCUGCACUGGUGGAGCCACAGAGCGUUGCCAAUCUGCAGGAGCUUACGCCGCCGGCGGCUAAUUCAUUUUCCAAUCUCCAGGACCUGCCCAAUCGCCAAGUGCUCACCAAUCUGGUCAAUCGCGAUGAGAACCAUGUGAUCCGUAAAUUUGAGGCGGUGGAGGAGCUGCCAAUCAACCAAAAUGCCUGGGGCAAAGAUGUCAGCAAGAAACUAGCAGCACAGCCACAGCCACUAGAGGCUUCCAUGUCCGCUCCAGUGCAGGGCAAGCAGCCUAAAGUGGCCGCCGGUCUAAAGCCCAGUUUGAGUGCCAAGCUAUUUCAAUCCACGCGCGGCUUCGCCAAGCGAAAUCCCCGAAAGCCGCUCUCAAACAGUUCCAUCAACGCCUCCACUUCUACCAGUACCCUUAGGUCAGUUUCGACUGGUCCGGUAGAAGAACUGCCCGAUUUUGAGACCAUACUGAUACGCAAGGCACAGGAGUACAAGGAGAAGGAGCUGGCUUUAGCCAGCAAUUCACUGCUGGCCGGCGAGCACAGCAAGGAAACUAUAAAAACCCAGGUGGAUGACGGCUGGCUACAGCGAAACACUACGGAGAACACUCUUGAGGCGGAUACGCCGUUUGCGGAAACGAAUAAUAAUAGUGGUCCGUCGAGGAAAACGAACUUUGGGCUGGCCAAUCUUGAUUUGAGUAAAUUAAAGCCAUCCAUUAAGAAGGAGAAGCAGGUGCAGGUCAAGAACGAACAGGAUGAAGCCACAAAGGUGUUGCAAGCAAGUAACAGUUCCGUCGUAAACGAGAAACCGGCACAGCCAAGUCGGACUCCCUCUGCUUCCAGCCAGAAAAUAACUUCUCCUAAACAUAAACCUCGACGUGUCGAGCAGGAAGCCGAUUCGGAUUCCGACUCUGUGGUGGCUGAAAGUGACGAAGAGCCAGAGCCGCAGGAAUAUCGACAGCUGGCCAAACGUCGCAAGAUUAUGCCAACUGCACCCGAUUCGAUUCAAGUAGCCGCUGAAGCUGAGAUACCCAGUAAAGUUGAACCGGAAUUCGAAUCAUUGAACCCCAAAGAUCCAGAGGAUGAGUAUGCCAUGGAUUUCUCCGCCGACGAGGAUCAGGACGCCACCUAUGAACCGGAGAAGGAAAAGAAAGAUAAGGCAAAGCGCAAACAAGCCGCCGGAAAACGAAAGACCGCCAAACCUAAAGCAGAACCAAAGCCAAAAGCUGAAAAGAAACCCAAAAUCAAAGCCGAGAAGAAACCUAAAGCGGAGAAGAAGCCGAAGAAGUCCAAGAAAGCCACUGCUGCGGAACUUGAGCCUAAUCCCCAAGAAGACCAGAGUCAGCCAUUGAAUCCUGAGGAUCUCAAAUACGUUCUGGCCUUGGAGGCAGGAGACAUCACCUCUGUCCCUCGCAUUAAUCAGCAAGAUCUGGAAAAAGCCGAUGCUACCGCUCAGCGCUAUAUUAGCACCUUUGCUGCAGGACCUACUGAGGCAGGAUUAGCAGAUGGCUCCAACAUUCGGGUAGAUGAAAAGCGUGCUGCAGCCCGAAAAAAACUGGAGGAGCGAAUCGCUUCCGGGAAGUUAAACGAGAACUUUGUAACCAUUAACAUUCAAAAGAAAAAAUUCUCUCGCGGCAAAAAGACCGUGAACUUCAGCAAGUACAAGAAGCAGCAGUGGCGCCAUAAGAAACGAGUAGCUGCCUUGAGUGGGCCGGAUAUGGACAUGGGUGGCUGCGAUGGAGGAGUGCUUACCUGUUUCCAGUGCGGAGGAGUUGGACAUUUCGCCCAGCAGUGCAAGGUGAAAGGGGAUAGCUUGUUGCCCCUAUCCGCGCAGCUGGAGGAGGAUCCCUCGCCAUUUCCCACGCUGGCCGAGGCCCAGGAGAUGGCCAGCCAGGGAGCAGUGGUGGCUCACAGUCGCAACAUAUCAAGACUGCCCCAGGCGGCCAAUGCCGCCAUACUUGAAGCCGCGGAAUCUGAAGAAUCAGAGAAAGAGAUGCCAGUCAGCAGCGGUGAUGAAGAGGAAAAACCGUAUCAGGAGCCGGAUUGGUCCAGCGAUGAAAUGGACGUCGACUUCGAGGCCCUGGAUGCAGCUGUGGAAGCCUCGCUUAGUCAGCCAAGUUCCCAAGGGAAACCAACUUCGCCUAUUAAGACAUACGUUGGUCACAAGAUCCCUGAGGAGUUCCUUAAGCAGGCUGGUCUGGAUGCCAACGCUUCUACUUCAACUCGCAGCCGGCACGGCGGGGUGAAGCCCCUAUACGAUCUCCUACCGGACGGAAGUGUCCAGGACACCACACCCGAGGUGUUGGAAGUAUUGCACAUGUUCGGUCACAGUAAUUUCAGGAAGGGUCAGGAUCGAGCUAUCAUGCGCACUCUAUCCGGACUCUCAUCGCUGGUUACACUCAGCACGGGCAGUGGCAAGUCUCUGUGCUACCAAUUGCCCGCCUACCUGUAUAGCCGCAAGGUGGGAGCUAUUACGCUGGUCAUCUCACCUCUUGUGUCGCUUAUGGAGGAUCAGGUGACCGGCGUGCCGCACUUCCUGCGUGCCCACUGCCUGCACACCAACCAGACUGCGCCGCAGCGUAUGAAGAUCCAGCAGAUGAUCGCCAAUGGCGAGAUCGACAUACUUCUGGUCUCGCCGGAAGCAGUAGUUGCCGGGGAACGCGCCACCGGAUUUGGAGCUAUUCUCCGCCAGCUGCCACCCAUUGCAUUUGCCUGUAUUGACGAGGCGCAUUGCGUGUCCCAAUGGAGUCACAAUUUUCGGCCUAGUUAUCUGAUGAUCUGCAAGGUGCUGCGGAAGAACCUCGGCGUACACACGGUGCUGGGACUUACAGCUACGGCCACACUGCCCACGCGCAUAAGUAUCAUCAACCACCUAGGGAUUACGGAUGGAGAGCGAGGCAUUAUUAGCGACAUCCCACUGCCAGACAAUCUGGUUCUGUCCGUCUCCAAGGAUCACAACCGAGAUGCGGCGCUGCUCCAGCUACUCAAUAGCGAACGCUUUGAGCCUUGCCAAUCCAUCAUUAUCUACUGCACACGGCGAGACGAGUGCGAGCGAAUCGCUGGUUUCAUUAGAACUUGUGUGCAGGAUCGUAGGCAGCCAGCCCAGGAUCCGGGAAAGAAACGCAAGCGGGUGAACUGGCAGGCAGAGCCCUACCAUGCCGGAAUGCCCGCUUCCAGGCGCCGCACCGUCCAGAAGGCUUUCAUGGGCAACGAGUUGCGUAUAGUGGUAGCCACCAUUGCCUUCGGCAUGGGCAUCAAUAAGCCGGACAUACGGGCCGUGAUCCACUAUAAUAUGCCGCGGAACUUCGAGAGCUACGUGCAGGAAAUAGGGCGAGCCGGACGCGAUGGUUUGCCAUCCCACUGUCACCUUUUCUUGGAUGCCAAAGGUGGCGACCAGAGUGAGCUGCGUCGGCAUGUGUAUGCCAACUCCAUUGACAGGCAUGUGAUCCGCAAGCUUCUUCAGAAGAUUUUCGUGCCUUGUAGCUGUGAUAAGGAGGCUUCCAAGACAGCUGCUCUAACUGUUGCCCAGGAGGGCGAUGGUCCGAGGGAACAUGCAUGUCCGGGUCAUGAGAUAGGCUUUUCAGUUGAGAAAACCGUCGAGAUGCUGGAUAUCCCGGCGGAGAACAUAUCCACGCUGCUCUGCUACAUGGAGCUGGAUCCUCGGUGGUGCAUCAGUGUGCUGAGCUCAGCAUAUGUUAUGGCCAAGGUGAUCUCCUACGGCGGACCCAAGUACCUGAAGCACGCUGCAAAAGAAUGUCCACCCUUGGCCAUGGCCAUUGCAUUGCAGAUUAGGGACAAGACCUUCAAGGAGGACUCCAAUAUCAUUGAGUUCUCGGUGACAGACAUUGCGGCUGGAAUUGGUUGGAACAGUGGCGUGGUCAAGUACCAACUGAAGGACCUGGAAUGGGUGAAAGUGAAUGGCUUUCCAAAGCGAUCACCCAUCACGGUGAGCUUCUAUGAUUUGGGAUUCCGUAUCAAGGUGCCGGGAGACUUUACGGAAUCGGAGAUUGACAGCGCCCUGGACACGCUCUACACGCGUUCCGUGAAACAGGAGCGUACACAGCUCAUCCAGCUGCAAUAUGUGGCCCAUGGACUGGCGGCAGUGGCAUACAGCUCCUGCAGCCAGUGCUGCAAUGCGGAUUUUCCCAAAGAUCGUGGCGAGCAGCUGAAGGCUAUAGUGCGCAACUACUUUGCCAAUGAUUACCCGCAGGAUCUGGAACUGGAAGUAGAGCCAAGCAACGUGCCCGAUGAGCACAUCAUAGAUGACGUACACGCCCUGAUCAACAUGUAUCCGGACAAUACAUUUAGCGGACGGAAUAUUGCCCGAAUCUUUCACGGCAUCAUGAGCCCCAACUAUCCGGCCGUCAUUUGGGGUCGCUGCAAGUUCUGGCGCGCCCACGUCAAGGUCGAUUUUAACCGCAUUCUGAAGCUGGCCAACAUGGCGAUCAUCAAGAGGCGUACCUAACCGUGAUUUUUCGAUGGAAAACCAAUUCACUAGCUCCAUGAAUUUGAAAAUAUGUGAUGCCAUUUAAUAACAUUUGUUGCUUUUAUUUUAUGUGUAUGAUAAAUAUAUAUUAAUACAUUUUCAAUUACAAUAUAUAAUAUAUAAUCUCUAA